AUGGAUUCUAGUUUGUAUAGAGCUGCACAAGAGGGCAAUCUCAAUACCCUGAGAGAAAAGAUGGAACUUAUUGGCACCACUCAAUUGACACCAAACAAGAAUACUUUACUUCAUGUUCUUGCCCAGUUCAACAACUCCUGCGAAUGCGCUUCAGAAAUCCUCAGGACAAAUGAAUCCUUACUCUAUGAAGUGAAUUCAGAUGGUGAGACCGCGCUCCACAUUGCCGCAAGAAAUGGCAAGAUGAAUGUCGGGAAUGAGAUGAUGAAAUUUGCGAAGAGAUUAGAUGGAGAGCUUGAAGCCGGAGGCGGAGCACUCAAAAAGCUGCUAACAUGGAAAAAUAGAAAUGGAGACACUGCAUUGCAUGAAGCUAUAAAGAAUGAUCAGCCAGAGAUGGUCCGUUUGUUGAUAGAAGAAGACCCUGCAAUUGCAAAUAUAGCGAAUAAUGCACUGGAAACUCCACUUUUUCUUGCUGUUAGUAGCAUUCUGGAAGGGAAAACUGCUUUGCAUGCCGUGGCUUCAUAUAAUUGGGAAGGAAUCUCAAAAGAGUUGGAAAUAUAUCCAACUAUAAUAAAGGAAGUAGAUGAUUUUGGACGGAGUGCUCACCAUUAUGCUGCCCUAAAUGGAUCCAACGAAGUAGCAAAGGAACUAUUAGAGGCUGAUAGAUCAAUAACAUACAUAGUUGCAGAAAAUGAUAACAGUAAGACAGCUCUCCAUAUAGCAACUUGUGAGGGGAACGUAGAGAUAAUGGAAGCGAUUUUAGCAUCUUGUCCUGAUUGCUGGGAGAUGGUUACUAGAGAUGCCCGAAAUAUUCUACACCUUUCCGUGGAAUUCGAACAACAAGAAGCAUUUAAAUUUAUCAUGACAAAUUCAUGGGUUGAAAACCUCAUUAACCAAAAAGAUGAAGAGGGAAACACACCUCUCCACGUAUAUGCUGCAACUCCCAACUUCCACGGCCGUGAUCUUGUAAACCAUCCACUAGCAGAUAAGAAUGCAGUGAACAAGAAAAAUAUGACGCCUUUUGAUGUGAUAACGUAUUCCGAUGUCUAUUCAGUAAGACAGAAUACCGUACAGAAGGAAUUAAAAAAGAAAGAUGCUCGUACGAGUGUCUGGAAUGCCUCGAUUCUUGAUAAUAGUUCGCGAUUGCAGAAGAAGAAAGUUUAUCUUGAAAAUAAAAGGUUGGUUCCAAUAGAUAUUAGAAAAAUAGCUGACACUCAGAUGGUAGUGGCAGCUCUCAUAACAACAGUUGCAUUUGCUGCCGGAUUCACCAUUCCUUGUGGGUAUGAUGGAAAUGAUGGCCCGAACGAAGGCCUUGCAAUUUUAUCAAGAAAAGCGGCUUUUAAAGCGUUCAUUAUAACGGAUACAUUAGCUAUGGUUUGCUCUACUUCUGCUAUUUUUCUCCAAUUCAUUGGAGCCAGUUUAACUGACAAGUUGAAGCUUAUGCGCUCGUAUCUUUAUGCUGCAAUGCUUGUAAUAGUUGCCAUGGGUGCGAUGGUAAUUGCUUUCAUGACCGGUUUGUACACGGUGUUAGAACAUUCACUAGGACUUGCGAUCAUAGAAUGUGUCAUUUGCAGCUUCUGCUUUCCUGUUUUCUACUACUCAGUGAAAAGGGCAUUUAGUGAGAGUUAUUAA